UCACUCUCUGUUUUUUGCUUUAUAAAUUAUAUAUCAUUUCGUUCAUUAAUCCCUACCUGCCGUUGGGUGCGUUGGUCCCGGUUGCGCUGCAGAGGAAAGGGGGAAGAAGAAGAAAUUUUUUUUUGGCCCGUGGACUCUCGACUUCCAUUUUUUCGCUUGAUUCGAGAUUUGGCACCCUAGCUGGCGACGACUCUGUUCAAUUGAUCAUAUUCAGUUCCCAACGCAUCAUCAUCAUCAUUAUCUGUCAUCAUCUUCUUCUACCAUCCGGUGACCAGGCAAGAGCGACAACACCCUAGACAGGUGGAGUUCGAAUUGCAAACUAGCUUCUGGUCGUCGUCGUCGGCCAGCGAGAGAGAAUCGAGAUGGGAAAGAAGCGCGUGAUGUUGCCGGUGGAGGAGGUUGACAUCUCUUCUGUCAAGUAUCAACCCCAACUCACCAAAGCUCCUCACCUGACGGGACUCGCGCUGAAGCUCUUUGCAUGGUUGGUUGAAGCUCCAGUUCUCAGGUCCAUCAUUCUGUCCGCUUUGAAGCGGCAGAAUAACUUUAAUCAGCUGCUGCGGAAUACUGUGAUUCCUGAAACCCCCAUGUUUCGGCCGGAGUUCCCACCUCAAGACCCGGAACCUGGUGUAGUGGUUAUUGAUGAAGACAAGGAUUCCACACAUCGUGUUAGUUCAGCAUUGGAGUGUCUCACCUCAUACGAUCCUUCUCAGCAUUGGAACCAUGACUCCCCUCCAUUCCUUUACUGGUCUAUCCGAGACUAUGCACAUGCUUACAGAUCUAAGCUUACUACCCCGUCGAUUGUCGCGGAACAUAUCAUUUCAGCCGUGGAAGAGUCCAACACAAAGAGGCCUUCCAUGCCGUUAUUAAUCUCCUUCAGUGCAGAGGACGUGAGGAAACAUGCUGCAGCUUCUACGCAAAGAUUUUUAGAAGGAAAUCCUUUGUCCGUCCUAGAUGGCAUAUUUAUGGCCAUUAAAGAUGACAUAGAUUGCUUUCCUUAUCCAUCAAAGGGUGCUACCACAUGGUUUCACAAUAUCCGUGCUGUCGAACAAGAUGCAAUUUGUGUCUCCCGGCUACGAAGGUGUGGUGUAGUUUUUAUAGGGAAGGCUAAUAUGCAUGAAUUGGGUAUGGGAACUACUGGAAACAAUCCAAAUUACGGGACGACAGGAAAUCCACACUCACUUGACAGAUACACUGGAGGAUCUUCCUCUGGUCCAGCGGCACUUAUAGCUUCUGGAUUAUGCUCAGCUGCAUUAGGAACAGAUGGUGGAGGCUCAGUUCGGAUUCCAUCUUCACUUUGUGGUGUUGUUGGCUUGAAAGCAACGUAUGCAAGGAUAGACAUGGAAGGGUCAUUAUGUGAUUGUGGUACUGUAGAAGUUGUCUCUCCGCUUGCAGCGACGGUUGAAGAUAUCAUGCUGGUGUAUGCUGCAAUAGCGGGCUCCUCUGCAGAUGAUAGAAUCAGUUUAAACCCGUUACCCCUCUGUUUGCCAAAUUUGUCCUCAUCCUAUAAUUUAGAUGUCCUGAGAUCAUUGCGACUUGGAAAAUACACAGAGUGGUUUAAUGAUGUUUCCUGUCCUGAUAUCUCCACCAAAUGUGAGGAUGCUCUGAAUCUGCUUUCAGAUACCUUUGGGUGUAAUACAAUAGAGAUAAUAUUGCCAGAGCUUCAGGAAAUGCGAACUGCCCAUCUUGUUUCUAUUGGCUCUGAAACAAUGUGUGCUUUGAACCCUGAUAUUGAGGAUGGGAGAGGUUCUGAACUAACAUUUGAUACUCGAAUUAGCUUGGCACUUUUCCGAUCAUUCUCGGCAGCUGAUUAUGUUUCUGCACAACGCCUUAGGAGAAGGAUAAUGUACUAUCAUAUGGAAGUUUUCAAAAAGGUUGACAUCAUCGUAACGCCUACAACAGGCAUCACAGCACCUAAAAUACCAUCAAGUUCUCUCAAACAUGGGGAGUCUAAUUAUGAGGUGUCAGCGUACCUGAUGCAAUUCAUACUAGCAGGAAAUCUUCUUGGUCUUCCAGCUAUUUCUGUUCCUAUUGGUCAUGAUAAAGAAGGACUUCCUAUAGGCAUGCAGUUAAUAGGCCGACCAUGGGGCGAGGCCACGCUCCUGCGUGUGGCUUCUGCAUUGGAGGAAAUCUGUUCAGGGUCUAGAAAAAGGCCUUCCCAAUUUCAUGAUAUCCUUGAGCAAUAUCGGUUGUAAUAAAGUUCCACGUCUGAUGCAUGCUAUAGCAGAUGUCUCUCUUACUGAUUAUCUCUGUUCGGGACAGAAACAUAGCCUAUCAAAAUUUAUGUUGACUGUCAGGUUUCCACAAAGAAACGUUUAAAUGCCGUGAAAAACUACAAAGAAUCUUAUAAGCAUAUACUUUUCUGUGUCAUUUUCCAGCAAAACUUUGAUGUAAUAAUUGUCUCUUGUGGCAUAGAUGGUUCAUGCUUGUCGAGCUUAACCUGAUAAGCCACUGUACAUUUUGGUGUUGUUGCUCCGAUGUAAACAAAACAUAUAUUCUGAAUCCGACACCAAUUAUCCUUC